UCACAGUCGCUUAAAUAAAGGGGCUUUUUUGCCGGUGUCCUAUAUAUCACAGUCACAGUCGCUUAAAUAUAGAGAAAAAGGUCACAUAUACGUGAGUUUCGUAAUCCUAAUAACCUGUUAACCAAAAGCAUGCCUCUCUGCAAUGACUCCUCCCGCAACCUUGCCGUGGCCGUUGCUCUCUUUUUUGCCGGUGUCCUAUAUUUCAGCUUCUCCACACAUUCGAUUUCCGAUCAUAUCUCCGAUCUCUUACACAAUACCAACACUCCUCAGCAAGUGUGGUUACAGAAAACUAUAGAGUUUCCACAGGACGAGCUUGAGGCAGUAUUGGAGAGUGCGGCUGCAGGAAACAACAAUACGGUGAUAAUAGCGCUUGUGAACAGAGCGUACGUGGAGGAGGCUGGAGAAGGGAGGACGAUGCUAGAUCUGUUCCUGGAGAGUUUCUGGGAAGGAGAAGGGACUUUGCCGCUUCUAGACCAUCUGGUGCUGGUGGCAACAGAUCAUACGGCCUAUGAUCGCUGCCGCUUCAAGAGGCUCCAUUGCUACAAGAUGGAUAUUAAAGGUGUUGACUUGGAGGGGGAGAAAGUGUACAUGUCAGCUGAUUUCAUUGAGAUGAUGUGGCGGAGGACUCACUUUCUCCUCGAUGUCCUCAGCCGCGGCUACCAUAUUCUUUUCACGGACACGGACGUGUUGUGGCUAAGGACCCCCUUCUCCCGGCUAAGCAACAACGGGAGCUUGGAUAUGCAGAUAAGCGUUGACCAAAACAACGUGGAAGCUGGACACGCCAUCAACACUGGAUUCUUCCACGUCCGGUCCAACAACAAGACUUUCUCCCUCUUCAAUAAAUGGUACGAUAUGAGGCUCAAUUCGCCGGGCAUGAAGGAACAAGACGUCCUCCAGAAGCUCCUCGACACGGGUUUCUUCAAUCAGCUCGGUCUCAACGUUAACUUCCUCAACACCACUGAAUUCAGCGGCUUCUGCCAAGACAGCACUGACAUGGGCGUCGUCACCACUGUACAUGCCAACUGCUGCCGCCACAUUCCCGCAAAGAUCUUUGAUCUCACUCUUGUUCUCAGCGACUGGAAAAGCUACAAGACCUCCCAUGUCAACAACAAGUGGAGCCCUCAUCAUAAAUGUGGGGGUUCAUGGAAAGACAACGACUAUGUCCCCAAGCCAUGAUCCUCUGGUAAUGCUAAUGAGAUUGCCAUAUAUCUUACAUACUAACAUAAUUAAUUUAGAGUUUUAUUAUACUCAUAAGCCUCUCAAGAUCGCAAGUUCAUGGAUAUUGGUGAUAUAGUGUAGAUACCCUUAUUCACUUUUUUUUUUAUAUACCAGUGUUAUUUUCAGAAGUGCCAUGUUUACAAAGCAUCAACCAUAUUUAAGAUUUAGAAAACUUGGUUAUGAAGAAUUUACCUUAUCAUAUUCGCUGGUUCGUUUUAAGCACCUAACGGCUAAAGCUUUGCCAUAUAACCCACAAAUAUGGUGAAUAAAUUCUUAUCGCCACUGAAGUUGCACUUUUUUUAUCACGAAAUACAAAGAUAAAUGUAAGUACGAAUUCCCCAAUGGCGAGUUGCUGAUAUCAAUCAAGUAGGGCACAGACAUGUUGACAUAGGAGAAAACACAGUUCCUUGUUCAAGCAUGUUUGACAAGGAAAUCUGCAUGGCUGUUAUUGGAUCUAGGGUGGUAGACUACCUUGACUACCUUUGACAAGGGAGUUGCACUUUAAAAAAAAAAGAUAAAUUAAGAGCUUUGACAAAACAAAAAAAAAGACAAAUUAAGAGCUUUGACAAAAAAAAAAGACAAAUUAA